CCUUGCUGUUUCCAUGGUGACCUGCGGCCCAAUCAGCGCGCAGGGGUGAGUGUGGGCGUGGCUUCCCCCUGUAGUGUCAUUGCGAGCACCAUUGAGCCCCCGGAGCAGCCGAGAAUGCCGAACAUCAAGAUUUUCAGCGGCAGUUCGCAUCCAGACUUAUCUCAGAAGAUAGCAGAUCGCUUGGGACUGGAGCUGGGCAAAGUGGUGACCAAGAAGUUCAGCAACCAGGAGACGUGCGUAGAGAUUGGCGAGAGUGUGCGUGGAGAAGAUGUCUACAUCGUGCAGAGUGGCAGUGGUGAGAUAAAUGACAAUUUGAUGGAGUUGUUGAUCAUGAUAAACGCGUGUAAAAUUGCCUCCGCGUCCCGAGUGACCGCCGUCAUCCCCUGCUUCCCCUACGCCCGCCAGGACAAGAAGGAUAAGGUGGGGUCGUGCCCGAUUUCUGCUAAGCUGGUGGCCAAUAUGCUCUCUGUAGCAGGUGCUGAUCACAUUAUAACCAUGGACCUGCACGCCUCCCAAAUACAGGGCUUUUUCGACAUCCCUGUUGAUAAUCUGUAUGCCGAGCCGGCCGUCCUGAAGUGGAUCAGAGAAAAUAUAAACGAGUGGAAAAACUGCACCAUCGUUUCUCCUGAUGCUGGAGGAGCUAAGAGGGUGACCUCCAUAGCGGAUCGUCUGAACGUGGACUUUGCGCUGAUCCAUAAGGAGAGGAAGAAGGCGAACGAAGUUGACCGCAUGGUUCUGGUUGGAGACGUCAAAGACCGAGUCGCCAUCUUAGUGGACGACAUGGCAGACACCUGCGGCACAAUCUGCUUCGCUGCAGAGAAGUUAGUCUCUGCUGGUGCAACUAAAGUCUAUGGCAUUCUGACCCACGGGAUCUUCUCUGGACCUGCCAUCUCCCGCAUAAACAACGCCACCUUCGAGGCCGUGGUAGUGACCAACACUAUUCCCCAGGAGGACAAAAUCAAACAAUGCGACAAGAUUCAGGUGAUCGACAUCUCUAUGAUCCUGGCUGAAGCGAUCAGACGAACCCACAACGGAGAGUCAGUGUCCUACCUGUUCAGCCACGUACCUUUAUAACACACUCGUGCACACACACACACAGUCAUUGUGUCCCUGGAUCAGAAAGGUGUUUCAUCUCUGGAUCAGAAACUUGUCCCUCGUUCCCAAAGUAAAAAUCCAGUGCUGCCUGAAACCCCUUUCUAGCUGGGCGGAGUCAUCCUGAAUAGAACACGCCCCCCCAAUGCAACUUUUUUUUUUUGCCUCAAGUAAACCUGUGUGUGUGUGUGUGUGUGUGUGUAUGUGUGUUGUAGUUGUAACACAGUUGUAAAAGUUGUAGGUUUAUCGCUAAAGGCUACACGUAUCUACGUUGUCUCCCAGGCUCGCAUCGCUAAUACAUACGUGUCUUUACACACGCCAAACAUUCACGCAGUCUGGACUGAAAUGUUUUUUUGUUUCGUUUCAAUCCCGGUUUAAUAUGAAAGUUGAAGCCUUAGUGGGCGGAGUUAUACCACAGUCCAGAUUGUGGAACUGACCUAAUCUAAUAAUACUUUUCGUUUUCAGAAAUCGGAAUUACGGGAGUUUUUGUAAGGGGAAAAAGGUCUUUAGUUAGCUACGAGCUGGCCUGCAUGACGUGGAGAAUCACGUGUUGGUGCAUUCAAUCAGAAAUCGUAACUAUGGGGAAUUUAUUUAUUUAUUUUUUUCAGUUGGGAAUUUUCCCAAGCUGCAAGUUUAUGCCUGUCAGAAGAUCUGGAUGCUAAACUCUUUAGAAUCGAGUUAGCCUCGUAGCCUAAGUGCAGAAGUAAAGAUGUGUGUGUGUGUGUGUGUGUGUGUGUGUGUGUGUGUGUGUGUGUGUAUGUGUGUGUUUUUUCUCGUCAUGUCUACUUAAGAUUUCUUUUUUUCAGGUGUGCAUUAGAUGAUGUAGAUGAAUGUAGGCUCUAUAUUUGUACAAAUGCAGUUCAGAUGUUAAAUGUUUUUACGCUGCAUGUGUUUAUGUUUACACACUACUAGAAGGCGGAUCUGUUCGCAAAGUGCCUUUUAAAGCAUAUUAUGUAUUCACACAAAUACACACACACACACACACACACACUUGCAUGCUUUCAUCUCAUAUAAACCGAAACCGCAUGUCUUCCGGUCAUCUGUCGUGUUGUUAAUGCUGUGGGCGGAGCUUGAGCCAAUUGUGCUCCCUGCUCCACCAGUCAGAUUUCGGCAUGUAAAUGUACCUGAAUGUACAAUAAAUCAUCUCCGUUUCCUGA